GUGACUGCGCAGACCUUCAUAGUGCUCACGUCAGUCGUCGCCGCAGCCCUCGCACUCAUCCUGAUUGGCUAUUGGCUCGCCUUGUUCAUCGCGUACCGCAACGUGCCAUUAUUCGUGGAAGAAGCGCCCCACCCAAUGGCCCUCAUCACCUCGACGACCACGCUGCGACCCGGAGUGCUCUACUGCUUUAUCGGGGACCUGAAAUUCGGCGAACAAGAUCUGUGUUGCGUAGGCUGCACGUUCGUCGUUUACACGGGACUUACGUUGAUCAACCAGCAAACCUACAGCUACCGGCCUGGUGGACAGGAGGCCUGGGACGCCUUUAUGAAUAUGCUGCACGACAAUAAAGGCAGCGACGGCGGACUAGCUUUCCCGCCGAUCUCGACUGGCACUUACCAGUACUCCUCCACCCUGGACUUGAUCGAGCAGUCGCCUGAUCUCCCCAAGUGGUUGCAGGCGGAGCCCAAACUGCUCAGCCUCGGCGCCAUCUGGCACGACACGGAUAAAGUCAACCUUAAGCGCUACGAAGCUGCAUACAAGGCACGUCAUUGUUUGGCUUCACUGCACGGUACCCCACGUAGUACACCACAUAGGGGUUGGCCAGGCAUCUUACAAAAAACAAAAAAUAAAAUAAAAAUCAGACAUAACGCAUUCUUCGAAAAUGAUUAUCUACGUUGAUUCGAUGAGCAUUCAAGGAGCGGGGGGCAUGUGUCAUUUGGCGAUAGGAAAUUCAUUAUUCGUAGAGAUUUUAAUUAAUCGUGUUUAUGUUACGUAAUUAACGGAGUGUAAGUUGGCUGUUCGGGCACACAGUGGCCGAAGCUGUCUGCUAGGCCAGUCAGCAGCAAGUUGUAUAUUCGGGCACAUAGCCAGGGGUCAAUGUCUGCUCGGCAAGACCAGCCGUACUUAGUGACCCAAGCUAGUAGAGCACAGACGCACGGACGGACGGACGGAUAGGCAGACAGAUACUGCACACAGACAUACCGACCGACGAAAGCCCGUGAAGCAGCCUAAGAAUGCAAACGCAUUAAAAUUGAAUAUGCACCAGGGAUGUAACUAAAUCAAUGUUUUCACGUAAGCCCGCUGUCCGCUUGCAAAGCACCGUAACCUUUCGGGCAGCUUCCUAUUACUACACUGCGUAGACGCGGCCGAUUCACCUCGAAUGCGCGCCUGCUUUUCUCAACUUAUCGUCUGGCCGAUGACGAGGGCGAACUAAAGCGCACGCACUCUGUAUUUCGCUUUUCCAGUACAUGAAGAAACUCCUGACGGGCAAAGAUGGAGCCGAGACGUUCCUCGGGGCAAAGGUCACCAGUCGCUACAUGGCCGACAAGCUGAUCGAGGAGUUGCUCGAAUUUCACUACAGCACGAUCGACACGGUCAUCAUCGAGUCGUACAUAGCGUUGCCCACCACGAUAGACUGCCGCGUGUAUCCUGUCAGCAGCAGGACAGGCGUAGAACUGAGCGUCCCCAACGUGCCCACAUUGGAGGUUGCCGCCUACAUGUCCAACAGAAGCCGGGACGAGGGAGACGUGUAUCGCAUCCUGUUCGCCUCCACAAUGGCGUUUAUGAUAUACCGCAGAGGACCCCGACAACCGAACCUGACCGACCUUGGCGACGACUGCCAAAUGAGCUACAUGACCGAUAUGGGAGCGUACUGCUCUAUGCACUUGGAUAAAAUACCGACGGCCAGGUACUCCAAGGACAACUAUUCUAUGUACGUCGUCGGUGAUGGCGGAAACUACAUGUACGCCUUCGAGCAUUUCACGACACUUUUUCAGAAGUACUUCAAGUACAUGCCGAAAUAUUCGGACGGAUGGGCUCUCUACGACGUGGAAUUGGACAGGGAAUUUGAUUGCGGCACAAAUUACGGACCUGGCUACAAGCGUGUCGAAACUACAAAAGACGUCGUCCUUGAUCGGGCUGCGAAACAACCAACGUACCGUGUAGCUUGGUAUUAAAAAAAAACGAAUUUAGCCUGAAAGGUCCCGCACACUUUCCUUAUUAUACAGAGCG